AUGCCCCAGCAGCCACCGCCCAUCCUCGACGGCAAGGACGACGCCGUCAUCGCCGCCACCUGCGCCGCGCACCGCCUCUCGCGCGCCGACUUUGACGCCCUCCGCGCCGGCGCCCUCGCCGCCAAGGCCGCCGCCUACUGCCCGUACAGCAAGUUUCGCGUCGGCGCCGCCCUCCUGCCCGCCGCCGGGGAGGGGGCCCCGGGCGUCGUCAAGGGGUGCAACGUGGAGAACGCGAGCUACCCGGUGGGCAUGUGCGCGGAGCGCGUCGGGCUGGGCGCGGCGGCGGCGAGGGGCGUCAGGAGCUUCGCCGGGUUGGCGGUGGCGACGGACAUUUCGCCGCCGGCGAGCCCGUGCGGCAUGUGCAGGCAGGCGAUCCGCGAGUUUUGUCUGGGUGACAUGCCCAUCAUCAUGUUUGACAAGAACGAGGACUUUGUCGUCAUGACGGUGGAAGAGAUACUGCCAAUGUCCUUUGGCCCGGACCAGCUGCCGCCGCCCGGGGCUCCCGGCACAUGA